GAGUAUAUGUUUGUUGUUGCAGGUGACUAUGUGUCAGAAGUGUGGUGACAUAGGCUUCUCUGUGGCUUUGGUCUACUGUGGCAAAUGUCUGGCCAAUGCUUUGCAUCGGCAGCUAUUGCUUGGAUGCAUGCCCGUAACUGUCGAUGAAUAUGUUACUUGGUUUUGUGAGGAUUGUGAAUCAAAGAGUGCUUUAAAUGCAGUGGCUGUUAUUCGUGACCAUCAAAUCUCCGAAUUCCAUCCCGAGUUUGAAAAUGGUCGUUUUCGAUUACGUCUUGAUGAGGCUGAGGCCAGAGUAAGUGAUCCGGAGCGCCUUCUUGAUGACCAAGAGAGGUCUUUGGUAGAGUCAAAAGGAGAGAUUUCAACUAGGAACGUGAGGAUAGCAGGGCUGGAGCAUGAGGUUUCAGAUGUUCUGCAAGCUUCUAUAAAAUCUGAUAAGGAACUGAAUGCCAUUCAGUCUGAAGUGUCCUUUUUGAGAAAAGAUAAUGAAUCUGUUGUGAAAGAUAUAGAGACAGCCGUGCUGAGAUUGAGAAGCUUAAAGUUGAUUUAUUCGCUGCUGAGGAUAAAAUUAAGGAGACAAAAAGGUUGCAUUUGGCUGCCAUGGAUGAUAUACAGCGGCGCCGGCGAGCAUUGA